AGCAAACGACUAAUGAUGAUAAUUGGAUGCAAGCUAUAUAAAAGCGUUUCGCCGGUUUUCCAAUAGGUUGUUGUAGCUAUUCCUCCAACCCAACAUGAACACGAACGCCGCGGAUCCGAAAGCAACCUCCAAAACAAAUCCCAGGGAAAAUGCGAACAUAUUUUCCGUUCUGUUUUUCACAUACACCCUGGAUAUGUUCAGGAAGGGAUGCAAAAAGAACUUUGAGGCCGAAGAUCUGUAUGAACCUUUGUCGGCCGAUCGAAGUGAGUUGCUUGUUGGGAGGCUAGAAAAGAACUGGAAUAAACAGAAAAAUCCGAAACUUUUAAGAGUUUUGGUACGCACGUUCUGGCCCGAAUACCUAUACUUAACAGUUUUGCUUGUUUUCAUGGAGACUUUUCAAAUACUGAAUCCAAUAGCUUUGGGUCAUCUUCUGGAAUAUUUCAAGGAGGAUAGCGAGAUGAGUCACGAUGAUGCCCUUUGGUACGGAUCCUUUGUUGUUGUGGUGAACGCCUGCAAUGCCUUAUUGGUCAAUCAAUACAUGAUUGAUUCCUAUCAUUAUGGGAUGAGAGUACGAGCAGCCUGUUGCGCUUUCAUUUACAGAAAAGCAUUGAAAUUAUCAGGCGAAGCUUUGGGCGAAAUGGCCUCAGGGAAAUUGGUGAAUCUAAUGUCCAACGACGUGAAUCGAUUCGAUUACGUGUCCUAUUUCAUCUCAUACAUGAUUGUAUCACCGUUUACCCUGUUGGUUGUCUCAUACUUUUUGUGGGCCCAAACUGGUUACUGGACGUUGGCUGGUUUGAUACCAAUCUUCACAGUCUUUCCCAUCUACAGCGUCAUGGGUUGCGUGUCUUCGAGAUACAGAAGGAGAGUGGCAAAGUGCACGGAUGAGAGGAUUCGGCUAAUGGAUGAAAUCAUCUCCGGUAUUCAAGUUAUAAAGAUGUACACGUGGGAAAAACCUUUCGGGGUGAUAAUCAGGGCAGCGAGAUACGCUGAGAUUAAUUUGGUAAAGAAACUUGCGUACUGUCGAGGACUCUUCAUGGCUCUGCACUUGACCACAAGCAGAUGCGCCCUUUUUUUCACCCUCGUCGCAUUAACCCUCUCCGGAACAAAGUUAUCACCAGCAACGGUCUUCAUCUUCAUGUGCUACUUCAACAUCCUUUCAGAUAGUGUGUCUUCGUACUUCUGUCGAGGAAUCACUGAACUGUCUGAACUGUCUGUAAUCAUAAGCAGGAUAGACAAGUUUCUUCAUCAGGAAGAACACACAUACAACGUGUGCGAGGAUGAGAAAGUGCAGAACCUUGUCUCGGUUAUUUUCCGAAAUGCUUCUGUCGUGAUCAAACAAGAGAAAAUUUUAAGUGGCAUCAAUUUGAACGUGAACAAAGGCAGCUUGCUUGGCGUUGUAGGUACGGUGGGAUGCGGUAAAUCAUCAUUAUUGAAAACGAUUUUAGGCGAGAACAAAGUUAGUUCUGGAGAUAUAUUUGUGAACUCUUCAAUAUCUUACGCUCCUCAGGAGCCUUGGUUGUUCUCUGGAACCAUAAGGCAAAAUAUUUUGUUCGGACAAGCGUAUCAAGAGGAUAAAUACCAAGAGGUUUUGAAAGUCUGCGCUUUGGAUAAAGACUUUCAUAAUAUGCAAGGAGGUGAUCAAUGCCAUGUCGGUGAAAGAGGAAUCAGCUUAAGCGGAGGACAAAAGGCUAGGAUUAAUUUAGCAAGAGCUUUGUAUCGAGAAGCUGACAUCUAUUUACUGGAUGAUCCACUAUCGGCUGUCGAUAUUAACGUAGCCAAACACAUUUUCGAUAAUUGCAUCAAGAAAUACCUGAAGGACAAAACGAGGAUUUUGGUUACGCAUCAAGUGGACUACUUGGAAGACGCCGAUGAGAUCAUCAUUAUGGAUAAUGGUGAGAUAACAUCAAGAGGUGAUUUUGACAGUGUCGCUAAUCUGAUGAAAGCUAAAAGGGUUAAAUGCACGGAGGCUGUGGAAGAAGCGCCUAAAGAAACACAUCACGCACAAUCGAUCCCGCUAAAAAAUGAUUUAUUGGAACAAACGUCGAAAGGACAAAUUAAAGGCUCUUUACUCUUCAAAUACUUAUCCAGCGGGAAUACAUUCAUGUUUUUCUUUGUGGCUCUUCUAUUUCUGUUAUCGCAAACUUUUGUCAGCGGUUUGGACUACUUCGUCAGUUAUUGGGUUUCCAGCCAAUACGAAGACUUCAUAUCCAUCUACUCGAUCCUCAUAUUCGCGCUUCUAGUCAUAUCAAUUUUAAGGUCUAUUCUAUUCUUCAAGUUAGCCUCAUGGAGCUCCAAAAAAAUGCACACCAAAAUGUUCGAUGCUAUAGUCAACACGAAAAUGCGCUUCUUCAAUGUCAAUCCGAGCGGAAGGAUUUUGAACAGAUUCUCCAGAGAUUUGAACGCAAUCGAUGAGAAUCUUCCAAGAGCCAUCAUGGAUGCAGCUCAAAUUAUUUUGAACUUGCUCGGCGCUCUCAUUUUGGUCAUCCUGUCGGACGUGCAUUUCCUCAUCCCAGUUGCCAUCAUCGGCACUAUCUUCAUGAUACUCAGAAUGAUCUUCUUGAAAUCCUCGAAGAACAUCAAACGGCUGGAAAGUAUAAUGAGAAGUCCUGUCUUUAGUCACUUGAACGCGACUUUACAAGGAUUAACAACAAUCAGAGCUUACGACGCCCAAAAUAUGUUAAUAGAUGAAUUCGAUCAACACCAGAACGUGCACACAAGUGCUUGGUACAUGUACAUAACAGCAAGCUCAGCGUUCGGAUUCUACUUGGAUUUAAUAUGCUGCAUCUUCACUGCUUUGGUGACUUUCAGUUUCCUGGAGCUGGUUCAAACGAGCGCAAUUGGAAAGAUCGGUUUGGCCAUAACUCAAACUACGUCGUUAACCGGAGUUGUCCAAUGGGGCAUGAGACAAUCAGCGGAAGUUACAAAUCAGCUGAUGUCUGCAGAACGGAUAUUCGAGUACAGGCAACUGCCAAGCGAAAAAGACAAAAACAACAAACCGUUGAUCUUGGCGAAUUGGCCGAGCGACGGAAAGAUUGAGUUCAAGCACCUGAACAUGAAGUACUCGGAGAAAUCAAAUCUGGUGUUGAAAGAUGUCUCGUUGAGCAUCGAUGCCAAAGAGAAGAUUGGGAUUGUCGGAAGGACGGGAUCGGGAAAAUCUUCAAUAAUACAAUCGUUAUUCCGUUUGGCUCUGAUUGAUGGUGGAAUCGAAAUUGAUGGAAUCGAUACGCAAGACAUUGAUCUCAGCGAGUUGAGGAAGCACAUCUCCAUUAUACCGCAGGAUCCGGUCCUGUUCUCCGGAAGCUUGAGGUACAAUUUGGAUCCGUUCGGGGAGGCCACGGAUACGGAGCUGUGGAGGGCUCUGGAGGAUGUCGAGUUGAAGAAUACGAAGCUUGUAUCUAAUCUGGAUAUAGAAGUGAUGGAUAGAGGGGCUAAUUUCAGCGUGGGUCAAAGGCAGCUCAUAUGUUUGGCCAGAGCAAUCAUCAGGAACAAUAAGAUAUUAGUUUUAGACGAGGCCACGGCCAACAUAGAUAGAGAAACGGACGCUCUCAUCCAGAAGACCAUCAGAAGGAAGUUCUCGGAAUGCACGGUGCUGACGAUAGCUCAUCGACUUAACACGAUCAUGGAUUCGGAUAGGAUAUUGGUGAUGGACAGCGGACAAGUGAUAGAGUUCGAUUCGAUUGCAAAUCUAUUGCAAAAUACCAAAUCUCAUUUCUAUCAAAUGGCGUUAGCGAUGGGAAUGAUUUAAUUAUUUACGAAACUCACACAUUUUUUAUUUAUCACACAAAACCACUUGUCGUAUCUCCAUCAUCUUAUCAAUAUACUCUACCCAACUCAAUAA